UUGGUCUCUAUCUGGCCUCCUGUAUGCUUGGCUUUGGCAGUAGAGAAAAGAUGUGGAGGGGGGCUUAGAAUGUCUUAGAAAUGGGGAUGCACAGGACUCAGGAAAUAAUUCGGGAGGAAGGAAAUAAAUAAGUGUUACCCAGGGACAUUUCUUGGGACUCCAAGCCCCUCACUUUCCUUCCCGGUAAAAUGGGAAGGUGAAUGUGAAGGAAAAAGAUUAGAUGUGGUAACAUACACAUGUGUGGUGUCCCCUGGAACGGAAUUACAGCUCACUGAAUGUCUUGAGCUCAGUUUAAAAGGGAGCCAUUAGUGUCACAGCCCAAGUUCAAGAUCCCAUCGCCUUACACUAAAUUAAGGGGCAGUUUUGUGGCACCCUCAUCUUUGGUUAGCCUCGCAACUCUGGGUCACUGGGCAGGUUGGACAGUUUUGUAGGAAGCUAAGCUUGGCACUUGGCCUGUGGGAGGUGUGGUAAGUGUGAGCGGCAUUACAGAGGCAAAUGAGAAUUGCUAAGUUCUUGGGACACACAGCCUCAAUAAAAUCUUGCUGCUACUUCAGCCUGGCCAAAGGUCACCUGCAUGGACUUGGGAAAAGAAACAAAAGCCUGACAUUGACAUAUACCCACGUUCAACAAACGUGUUGUAGAUUCUGGUGAGCGAAUAGGAGAUAAACUGCGGAACAGUGGUAUGUCCCAUAGAGAAAAAGUUGGGAGAGGAGAGAAAACGUUGGUAAGAUGGUCAGCUUUACAGUAGGAUACUCUGAGAAGGCCUCACUGCGAAGGUGAUAGCUGAGCAAAGAGCCACGUGGAUAUCCAAAGAGGCUGAACAGCAGUGCUCUGAGACAUUCACAUGGAUCGGUUAAUACUGCCUGGCUCAAGAGACGCUUUCAAUAAAUAAGAGAUAGGGCGGUGGUAGAUAAUUCGGAGAACUUGAAGCUCCUGCGGUACAGCUGCACGUUUCUGUUUCCGGAAGGAGUUGGAAUCCCGCCCCUCAACUCAGGGGCUGCAUUUCUAAGCUCAGUGCCACCUGUGAGAGGUGCUUUGGACAGAACCGCGUCGAGCCAGGCUCAGCCGCCCGUCCGCAUCAGCACCGCCACAGAUGCCUGUUUAACAAACGCUAGAAACAGGAAUAGGCAUUUUCUAGCCCAAGGCUGCCGUAGCUGCACCACCGGAGCCCUCGAACAGCGUGAUUCUAGCUUAACAACCGACCGGUUCCCGCUUGUGGCACUCGCUUCCGGUCGGCUCCAGCGCCGACACGUCAUCAAACGGCGCCGGAAGUGCCUUUGCGCUGCCUAGGAGACGGGACGCGGGCCCUCGGCUGACAGAGCCCGGCUGGCCGCGCCCACCCCGGUCGCCAUGGAGCUGCCCCCAGGGCCGCGAGACGAUCCCCGCGCCUGGGAAGAUGACUCGGACCCGGAGUCGGAGCCCGACCCCGACGCGCAGGCCGAGGCUUACGUGGCCCGCGUGCUCAGUCCGCCGAAAGUCGGGGAGGGGCCCCCACGCGCCCCUUUGCUGUCCGCGCCCGUCGCAUCCCCUGGCGCCCUGGAGCCGCGGGCGGCGUCCAAGGGUGCGCCCGUGGGGGUCCCGGGACUACUGAGCCUUCCUCCGGAGCUGCUGCUCGAGAUCUGCGCCUACCUAGACGCCCGCCUGGUGCUCCACGUCCUGCCACGCGUGUGCCACACGCUGCGCGACCUCGUGCGUGACCGGGUCACCUGGAGGCUACGCGCGCAGCGCCGCGUGCGCGCGCCCUACCCAGUGGUAGAAGAGGAGGACUUCGACUGGCCGACAGCCUGCAUCGAACUGGAGCAGCACCUGUCACGCUGGGCGGAGGAUGGGCGCUGGGCUGAGUACUUCUGUUUGGCUGAUGGGCACUUUGCUUCCAUUGACUCGGUGCUGCUGCUCCAGGGCGGUGCGUUCUGUCUGUCGGGCUCCCGAGAUCGCAAUGUCAAUCUGUGGGACCUGCGGCAGCUGGGGGUGGACCCCAGCCAGGUUCUAGUCAAGGCCUUGGGCACCGAGAAGAACAGCACCCACAAGGGCUGGGUGUGGUCGCUGGCGGCGCUGGACCACCGCGUGUGCUCUGGUUCCUGGGACAGCACGGUGAAGCUCUGGGACAUGGCAGCUGAUGGGCAGCAGUUCGGCGAGAUCAAGGGCAAGGCGGCUGUGCUGUGCUUGUCCUACCGGCCCGAUAUCCUGGUGACUGGCACCUAUGACAAGAAGGUGACCGUCUACGACCCCAGAGUCGGCCCGGCCCUGCUGAAGAGCCGACGGCUGCACUCCAGUGCGGUGCUGGCGCUGCUGGCGGACGACCGGCACAUCAUCUCGGGCAGCGAGGACCACACGCUCGUGGUGUUCGACCGCAGGGCCAACAGCGUCCUGCAGCGGCUACAGCUGGACUCCUACCUGCUCUGCAUGUCCUACCAGGAGCCCCAGCUCUGGGCUGGUGACAACCAGGGCCUGCUGCACGUCUUCGCCAACCACAACGGCCGCUUCCAGCUCGUCCGGUCUUUUGACGUGGGCCACAGGUCUCAGAUCACAGGGAUCAAACACUCACUAGGGGCCUUGUACACCACAUCCACCGACAAGACCAUCCGGGUGCACGUGCCUACGGACCCGCCGAGGACCAUCUGCACCCGAAGCCACAACAACGUGCUGAAUGGGAUCUGCGCAGAGGGCAACCUGGUGGUCGCUGCCUCUGGGGGCCUGUCACUGGAGGUCUGGAGGCUGCAGGCCUGAGCAGGAGGAUGCGGAUGUGGAUCUGCUGGCCCACAGGCUGGGCCGUGGCCUCUGUUCUCGGGGGACCAUCCCCCCUGUGCUGGUGCUGCCCCUGCCCUGUCCCAAAGCCCUGAGGCACCAGGAGUCUGGGCCAUGGUGAGCUGUGCCCCACAGGCCGUGGCCCACGCCAGGGGAGGUGAGCCUGGUGUUCAGGCCCACCCAGGGGAUGCUUCCCUCCCUGGGGCCCCGUUUUUGUUAGGAUUUGGAUACCUGCUUUCCUUCCAGAGCGAAGGAGAAAUAAACCUGAUGUACUGGUGUCCCUCGA